AUGACAAGAAGAGCAAACGUUGGAAAAAAAUUACCGACGCUAUCGCGUUUUGUUUGGCUAAAGAUAUGAUGCCAGUUCAAACAGUUGAGAAGGAAGGCUUCACACAGCUUAUUAAAAAGGUAGACCGCAGAUAUAGCGUCGCUAAAAGGCAAUAUUUUUCAAGGACAGCACUCCCGGACAUGUAUGAAAAAUGCCGUGAUAAGGUAGCAGCUUCACUGUCUUGUGCAGAGUUCUACGCCUCCACCAUGGACAUAUGGUCAAGCAGAACUACAGAGCCUUAUCUUAGCCUAACAGUGCACUACAUUAACCGCGAAUGGAAGCUGUGCAGCUCCUGUCUUGAGACGAGCUACUUUCCCGAGGACCACACAGGGCAAAAUAUAGCAGAUGGUUUAAAGGAGUUUCUCCAGUCGUGGUGUCUCAAAGAGGAGAAACAAGUGUGUGUGACAACAGACAGCGGGGCAAACGUUGUUAAGGCAAUUGAACUGAAUAACUGGACCAGACUGUCAUGCUUUGGACAUCGUCUCCACAUUGCUUUUGAGAGAACCGUUAAGGACGCCAGGGUUGACAGAGCAGUGGGAGUUUGCAAAAAGAUUGUGAGUGCUUUUUUUCUCACAGUUGGAAGAGGCAAUGGGCUCUUCAAGAUGUUCAGAAAGACAUGGGCCUACCCCAACAUAAACUUGUACCAGAAACUCCCACGAGAUGGGGUUCUAGGCAAAGGAUGAUCCAGCGGCUACUGGAACAAGAAAAGGCCAUCACUCAGGUCUUGACUGCUGACAGGUCAACAAGGCACCUAGUCUUGACAUGGCAAGAUAUAAAGGUUCUUGACUCCGUGAACAAGGCCCUUGGUCCUCUUCUAGAAUUUACAGACGCACUGUCUGCUGAGGACUAUGUCACUGUUUCAUGUUUGAAGCCUGUGCUUCAGUUAUUUAACAGUGACAUUCUACAAGUGAAG